AUGAUACUUCCAGAUACUGGAAAAUCCGAGGCGACAAGGCACUGGAGUGGGCCCCCGGAAAACUGCAGCAGCCCUAUGAAAAAGUGGCCAGAUUGUUAUGAGGGUGCCCGUUCCCGUACAUACACUGGGUUUCUCUCCAGUGUGAAAAUUCAGAUGUAUGUUGAGCCAAGGCACCUGUGCCGUCAGACGUUGCCUAGCGUUAGAAGCGAGCUGGAAUGCGUGACCAACAUCACCCUGGCAAAUGUCAUCCGACAGCUGGGCAGCCUGAGUAAAUAUGCAGAGGACAAUUUUGGAGAGCUCUUUACUCAGGCAAAUACCUUUGCCUCUCGGGUAAGCUCCCUUGCUGAGAGGGUCGACGGACUACAAGUUAAAGUCACUCAGCUGGAUCCCAAGGAAGAAGAAGUGUCACUGCAAGGAAUCAACACCCGAAAAGCCUUCAGAAGCUCCACCAUUCAAGACCAGAAGCUUUUUGACAGAAACUCUCUCCCAGUGCCUGUCUUAGAAACAUACAAUACCUGUGAUACUCCUCCCCCUCUCAACAAUCUUACCCCUUACAGGGACGAUGGAACAGAGGCACUCAAAUUCUACACAGACCCUUCAUACUUCUUUGAUCUUUGGAAGAAGAAGAUGCUGCAGGACACCAAGGAUAUCAUGAAAGAGAAGAGAAAGCACAGGAAAGAAAAGAAAGAUAAUCCAAAUCGAGGGAAUGUAAACCCACGUAAAAUCAAGACACGUAAGGAAGAGUGGGAGAAAAUUAAGAUGGGGCAAGAAUUUGUGGAGUCCAAAGAAAAGCUGGGGCCUUUUGGGUAUCCACCCACCUUGGUGUACCAGAAUGGCAGCAUUGGCUGUGUUGAAAACGUGGAUGCAAGUAGCUAUCCACCACCAUCACAGUCAGACUCUGCUUCUUCACCUUCUCCUUCCUUCUCUGAGGACAACUUGCCUCCUCCACCAGCAGAAUUCAGUUACCCAGUGGACAACCAAAGAGGAUCCGGUUUGGCUGGACCCAAAAGAUCCAGUGUGGUCAGCCCAAGCCAUCCACCACCAGCUCCUCUUCUAGGCUCUCCACCAAGCUCUAAACCCGGGUUUGCUCCACCACCUGCCCCUCCACCACCCCCGCCUCCAAUGAUAGGCAUCCCACCUCCACCACCGCCUAUAGGAUUUGGGUCUCCAGGGACGCCUCCACCACCCUCACGCCCAUCUUUCCCACCUCACCCUGAUUUUGCUGCCCCUCCACCUCUUCCUCCACCACCGGCAGCUGACUACCCAACUCUCCCACCACCUCCCUUGUCCCAGCCAACAAGAGGAGCACCUCCUCCUCCCCCUCCUCCUCCUCCGGGGCCCCCUCCUCCCCCUUUCACUGGUGCAGAUGGCCAGCCUGCUGUACCACCACCGCUUUCUGACACCACCAAGCCCAAGUCCUCCUUGCCUGCCAUAAGCGAUGCCCGUAGCAACCUGCUUUCAGCCAUCUGUCAAGGUUUUCAUCUGCGCAGGGUUGAGGAGCAGCAGGAACAAGAGAAGUGGGAUGUCAUGGGCAAUGACGUGGCCACCAUCUUGUCUCGUCGCAUUGCUGUUGAGUACAGUGACUCAGAAGAUGACUCCUCUGAAUUUGAUGAGGACGACUGGUCUGAUUAACUCUUUCUGCCUGCUGCCCACCUUCUUUUUCUUUCCUUCCUACUUGCCUUCUUUGAUGCCAACCCCAACAGACCCAUAGGGGAGAAAAGGGAGGAAAAACAUAAUUUUAAGGGGCCGAAGCUUUCCCUGAAGCAACCAAAGCUAUAUCCAAGUGCUUCCUCCAAAUCACAUGUAUUUCCUCUUCCCAUUGUCAGGCCCUGUGGGGCUCCUGAGAUUCAGUAGCUGGGAUGUUCCCUCUUUCCUUCAAGUGCCUGUUGCAUGUUUAAAGGAAGGAGAAAUCCCAAAGCAGAUUCCUUUGAUUGGGUUUCCGUUGGAGAUGGGGCCUUCCCUUAGGAGCCAUAUUCAACUACAGUCUUCUAAAACCUGUGCCCUCAACCACUUCGAAUAAUGCCAGCCACCUUCUGGUUCUAAAGCAGAGGGAGUGGCCUGAAUGGACACAGCUGGCCCCUUUCCCGUGCACUGAAAGGGCAGAGCAGGCCGAAGGCUCCAACGGCCAAACUGCCUCACCCUCUGCCCUAAUCAGCAGGGUGGGCCUGCCUUUUGCUAAGCGAUCUCUAUGCCUGGGAUUCCCUUUAUUCCAGGAGACAUUAAGCCUCUAAAGAAUGUCUCACCUCCUCUGCCCAAAAAUGAUGCUCUUCUGUAGGCUGGUGUUGUUGCUUCCCUCCCAGGAUCCCUUUGGUGAGUGUGGUGUUCAGGAUGCGCCAGCACCACCUCUACAUGCCUUCAGGCAACACGGCCCAGUUUUAACCUCUAGUAUCCAUGACCAAACUAUCCCUGACACAUAAGGACAGGGGCCUCUUCUGGCUGUCAGGAGCAAAGCCUGAAGACUUGGAGCUGCAGGACUGGAAGAACAGUGGAGCCCCGUGGGUCCCACCCUUUAAGGAUGCUGAGGCCUAGAGAUGGGAAGUGACUUGCUCAAGGUCACACAAUUGGAUAGUGACAUAGCUAGAGCCCAGAAUUCCUGAUUCCAAGUCACCUGUGCUUUCUGGGACCAAAGAAUGGGCACCUGCUGGAGUCUGGGCAGAGCUUUCUUGGCUGUAUUGCUACUCCAGACCUCACCAUAGGUUGGGGUCCCAGUAGGAGGGCUCAGGGUCUGUGCCAGCCCUGUCAGUGCUGCUCAGACCUUCAUAGCCUCUCUUGUCACUCUUUGUUGCCCCUUUUCUGUCACCAACCAACCACAUAGCCUUGGGACCAGCCCCUCUGGGGGACCAGAAGUAGUGAGAGAAGGAAGGGGAUAGGCAGCUUUGACAGGUGCUGUUUUCAAUUCCUCUGCAACUCCUCCCCCUUUUAUUUCCCCAAUUUAAACAAAGAUUCUGCCAACUGUGGAAACUUCAGUCCCUCAGGCUGGCAGCUGUGCUGGUACCUGCCUGGGGGGGCCUGGCAGUCGUGAAGCAGGCUGAAAGGCAGAGGGGCUCCAGGUCCUGUUUCCAGCUCCCCUCACUGCACAUGGUGAAGCUCCCUCCCUCCCCACUUUUCCCAGAGCUAAUACACAGGUGCUAUUAUUCAGAAAAAAACUGGUCAGCUCUAACCAACAGUGAGGUUUCUUCUCUUCUGCCCUAACUAUUGUGUAGCCUCUUAUGCUGAAAUUGGCUUCUGCCAGUUUAUCUGGCUUUCAGAGCCCUGAAACAAAGAGAAACAGGAUCUGUCCCUACCCAGCACAGCAAAUGGUUGUAGUAAUUGCCAAAGCCCUCGUAACGCCCUCCGGCUUGAGGAGACAGUGUAUAGUCAUGAGUUCUGCCUCUGUGCCCUUGCUGGCCGCUUCCCCUUUGCCUUCUUUCCUGGAACUCAGGGUGUGGGGACUGAGCCUG